AUGAACGAAGAAUCGCCCCCAGAGUACCAAGCCCAUAUCAGCUCCACAAAUACUGAGAACACAAGUCAAGACGCGCCCCCAGCAUACCCUGGCGAUGUCCGUAUACACACAUUCGAAGAGUCAAGAUGGAGUAAAGAAAAGAUCACAAAACCGUCUGGUGAGCUUUCUUUUCAUACCAAUAGACUCGCUAGAAACGGCCAUAAAGAUUACAAGCUCAAGUACGAUAAAAGCGUUCCGCGGGUCUGGAUGACUUCUGGCUGCGAGGAAAGUUCAGCAGGUUGGGAUGUUCAGCACUUUGGUAAAUACAUCGUAGAGCCGGAUAGGAACUGCAAGUUUUGUGAAAAGGGUCUUUUUAGUCACUCUGCCGAAGGGGUGGAUAUGGCACAUGAAGCGACUGCGAAUUUUAAGGUGAUUGCGGAGAGAGAAGAGAAAAAGAGACACUUAUUCAGAGCAUCGAAAUCUAAGAAGCCGUAG